GGAGGCGCACCGGUCUAACUGCUUAAGUCUCCAUGUGACAGUGUGUGGGGGUCUCCUCUCCCGGCGCCGCUCGACACUGGGUCUCAGGCACAAACACUCUCCACUAUUCCAGCAUCGACCGAGACCAGCAGGCCGAGGUCACUUCGUGCUGGGCCGUGCCGCCACCGAACUUGGGGUGCAGAGUGAUUUGCCGCCGCCGGGGAGGGUGCCCGGGGGACCUGGCGGAGGGCGGCGGAGCGAGCGGGAUUUCUGUCAGAGCCCGAGCCUCAGAGUACCGAGACAUGAACGGCUUCACUCCUGAGGAGAUGAGUCGCGGCGGGGACGCGGCCGCCGCCGUGGCCGCCGUAGUUGCGGCUGCAGCUGCCGCCUCUGCCUCAACGGGGAACGGGAACGGGGCGGGCGCCGGGGCUGAGGUGCCGAGCGGCGGGGCGGUCUCGGCGGCGGGGCCCCCGGGAGCGGCGGGGCCGGGCCCCGGGCAACUGUGCUGCCUGCGGGAGGACGGUGAGCGGUGCGGGCGGGCGGCCGGCAACGCCAGCUUCAGCAAGAGGAUCCAGAAGAGCAUCUCCCAGAAGAAGGUGAAGAUAGAGCUGGAUAAGAGCGCAAGGCAUCUUUACAUUUGUGAUUUUCAUAAAAACUUAAUUCAGAGUGUUCGGAACAGAAGAAAAAGAAAAGGGAGUGACGAUGAUGGAGGUGAUUCACCUGUUCAAGAUAUUGAUACGCCAGAGGUUGAUUUGUACCAAUUACAAGUAAAUACACUUAGGAGAUACAAAAGACACUUCAAGCUACCAACCAGACCAGGACUUAAUAAAGCACAACUUGUUGAGAUAGUUGGUUGCCAUUUUAGGUCUAUUCCAGUGAAUGAAAAAGACACCUUAACAUAUUUCAUCUACUCAGUGAAGAACGACAAGAACAAAUCAGAUCUCAAGGUUGAUAGUGGUGUUCACUAGGGAAGAUGUCAUUCAGACUAAUACUUGGAUGUUCAGAGGUUAAGAAUUUUACUGUUUUUUCAUAUGUAGAAGUGUCCCUUGUGUAUUUUUUCUACAGAGGCUUUUCUCUGCUUUUAUUUUCUUUGUUUCUGACUCUAAUAAUUAGUGGGAGACUCAUAGAAAAUGAGUUUCCUAGAUUAAAAAUAUUUUAAAUAAAGGUUAUUGCUAUU